AUGUCGUCGAACCCAUCUGAGCUAGCCCGUAUCAACAACGUCUCAAAAACUACUGUUUUUCCGCAUGAUAAAGAGGUCAUUAUUCCUGUAAACUGUUCUUGCUUCAAUCAAUACUACCAAGCUAUCACAAGGUACCGUAUUAAACCACAAGCGGAAACAUAUUUUGUUGUAGCAAAUCUCACUUUUCAAGGUCUUUCAACAUGUGGCUCCAUAAAACAUGCAAAUCACUACAACGAAUUUAAGUUAGAAUACGGGUUUGAGCUCAGAGUUCCCCUCCGUUGUGCUUGUCCUACAAAUGAUCAAAUUAGUAAUAGUACAAAGUAUUUACUAACAUACCCGGUUAGUUUUGGAGAUAGCAUUGAUAAUAUUGCUAGUAGAUUUAAUGUAGCCUCAAAAAGUGUCCUAAAUGCAAAUGGAAUGGCCAGAACUAGCCCUUUUUACCCUUUUACUACCUUAGUAAUUCCUUUACCAACAGAACCUUCGAUUUCUGAUAGAAUAAUCCAACGUGCUAGACCAACAAUCCCGGUGUCUCUUGUAAAGAGAUCAACGUCAAAGAAACUAUUAAUAUUCGGAAUUGCAGCAGUGUGUUCUCUUUUAGUAUUAACAUUAGUGAUAACUGUACUAGGAUUAGUUUACGCGAAGAUAAAACAGAAUAAACAAGCUACAGAGGUAACAGAGAAGGAAAUGUUGCCAGAGGAUCUUCUAGUGGAAAUCGCAAGUUUUGAACGAGUCAUCAAAGUUUUUAGCUUCAAGGAGCUAAAAAAAAGCACAGCAAACUUUGCUAAUAAGCAUAAGAUAAAGGGUUCUGUGUACCGGGGAACAUUUGGGAACAAGACUGUAGCUGUUAAAAAGAUAGAAUUUGAUGUACACAAGCAAGUGAAUAUGCUUAGCAAGAUUAACCAUAUCAAUUUGUUGAAACUCUAUGGUUUUUGCACACAUAAGGAUUCGUGGUACUUAGUUUUUGAAUAUAUGACAAUGGGCUCUCUUAAAGGAUGGCUUAGAAGGGAAAGAUCAGAAGGAAGUCAUAGUUUAUGUAGGCGGGUUCAGAUUGCGGUUGAUGUUGCUUAUGGGCUACAAUAUCUUCAUAAUUUUACUAAGCCCGGGUAUGUCCAUGGGAAUAUCAAAAGUAGCAACAUACUUCUUGAUGCAAACCUGAGAGCAAAGAUUUCAAAUUUUAGUCUCUCGAGUACAAUGGGUAAUGAUAGAGAGGAUAGAGUCUUUGAUCUCUCGACGAUGAUUGUGGGCACUAGAGGGUAUAUGGCUCCAGAGUAUGUGGGAAACGGGAACAUUACUAUGAAAGUAGAUGUUUAUUCGUUUGGAGUGGUGAUGCUGGAACUGAUAACUGGAAAAUAUGCAGUGGUUAGGCAGGGAAGUCAUGAAGUUCUGCUUACAACAGCAAUAGCUACGAUAAUGAAAGGGGAAGAUGCGGAAAAUGAGAUAAGGAAGAUGGUUGAUUUAAAAAACGAAGAAACUAGAAGCAUUGAGUAUGCAGUUCAGAUGGUGAAACUAAGUCUGAACUGUGUGAAAGAAGACCCGGUAAGCAGACCGAGCAUGGAUGAGGUAGUUUCUUCUAUGGUUAGAAUUCUGGUUGACUUAAAAACCAUUAUAGAUCCUUUGAAAGAUCAUCGCCUGUGA